AUGCGAAAAGCGAUUGUUAUUGAAGAUUUUGUUUGGGAGAAGUAUCAGAAGAAAGCUUCAUUUAAUUCAAACCAAGCAUCUUCAAAGGCUUUGGAAGUCCCAAAAGGCUAUCUUGCUGUCUAUGUUGGAGAGAAUAUGAAGCGGUUCGUGAUUCCCAUUUCGUAUUUGAACCAGACAUCAUUUCAAGAAUUACUAAGCCAAGCAGAAGAAGAAUUCGGAUAUGAUCAUCCAAUGGGUGGUCUCACUAUUCCAUGCAGUGAGGAAACCUUCUUGGACCUCACUUCUUGCUUCAACUGACUGUAUGUAAUUCCAAAGGAGACUGACAUAGAUUAGUUGAGACACAAUUUUGUAGUGGAAACUAGUAGCUAUCAUCUUAGUGAGAUGUCAAGGAUGUAAAUAUAUAUCAGAUUUUUUUUUGCAAUUUCAAUGAAUUUAUAAACUUCGUCACUAAUUACUUACA